AUGGCUUCAGAAACAGGACAGUGUCAUGUUGUUGACGUCGAACAGCAAUUUCGUAAUACUAUGUUUCAAAGUGGGCGUCAUAUUCCAGCACCUUCUAUUAUCUGCAACUUGAGUGAUCAACAACCAUACAAACAAAAACUCAAAAUCUAUGUGGUCAUAAAGCGUAUACUCCCGUGUAAUAAUUCAUCAACCGUACAUAUUUCACACGUCUUUAAUGGCAAUGUCAACCGAUUACUUUUGAGACCAUAUGCUCCCUUUUGGAGUGUGUUCAUCCUAUAUCGAGGUGGUACAGACUACUGUUUACCUUUUAUUUGUGCUCAUGGCUUAAAAAUGGAACAAGAGGUUGGACCCGAUGUACGUAAAUUAACUAUACCCAGUGUGUAUGCGCGAGCUUUGCAACCUGUUUCGGAAUUGGCAGAAGAGACGCAAGCCGUUUCAUUGUUAAGCCGAGAAAGUAUAGGAGAUACGGGCAAGGAAGAAGGCUUCAAUCCUGAAAGUUGGUGCGCAAGUGCGAUAUUCCUAAAAAGUAUCAUUUAUGAACGGGUUACUGCGUAUAACGCUCACGAUGGUGCAAUUUUAUUUGGUAUUAACCUCAGAAAACUACCAACAUCAGAGCGAAGAGCCAUUUCCUUGAGCAUUCGGCUUCCUUGA